AUGGCGAGCUUCCUCCUAUCAUUGGGACACUUCGCACACGUUUUCCUUCCCUGUUUCAGACAGAUGGAAGCGUUCGUGGCUGACAGCGAAGGCGAUUCUCUCAUCGCGAAUGUGAAUAUUGCAACCCUUUCAGAUGUUGGACAGCGUCGGAAGCCAUCGCAGUUGGAUUUCGAAGACACACAUGCGCUUCGCGUACGCGACACCUUCGUGGAUUUCCCGUAUCCUGUGAUAUAUCCCCAGCAGCUUGCUCUUAUGAAGACUAUUUAUUCUACUCUGGUGCAUCGUAAAUGUGGGCUUUUUGAAAGUCCCACUGGCACUGGGAAAUCUUUAAGCCUUUUAACAGCUGCGUUACGAUGGUUACUCGACUACAAUUCACAAAUCCCCACACGAAUUCAGCAUUUGAUGGCAUCCCUCAGCGAUCAACAACCGGCGUCAAACGCUUGCGAGAUGGAUUGGGUUUCUGCGUAUGAUCGGUUAAGAAUAGCCAAGCGUCAACUGGAACCAGAAAUAAAUCAUUUGACACGAAUUCAGUCCUGUUUAGAUAGCAUUGCUAAUUUAAAAGCCUCUAAUCUGCGCCCGUUACCUGCCGAAUUCGUUCAGAUGACAAACAACUUGAAUGAGAACCUUCAGAACUCUUCCUUACUCUAUCCGCUCUCAAGAGAUGAAUGUUUUGGCACCGAAUUGACGGAUGAGGAAUUUCUUUUGCCGGAAUCAGAGGAACCCUUCGAGGAACCAGUUGCAACUGGAGAACACAAUUUACCUCGUAUCAUAUACUGCAGCCGCACUCAUUCACAAUUAACGCAAUUGCUGGAUGAACUGGCCAGAUGUCCUACCCUAGCUGACAAGAUAACGGUAGUACAGCUGUCGUCCAGACAAUCACUCUGCACAAACAACUCAGUAUAUCGAUUGUCCCAUCCUGGCCUCAUUGAUGAAGCGUGUUUAGAGCUGAAGCGUUUAAAAAAUCGGUGUCCCAUGCGAAAUAUGGAUUUAGUUAAAAGCUUAUCUAACUACUUACUGGCUGGUGCUCGGGCCUCUGAAAUUGCUUCGGCCGUUCGUGAGGGACGCUUUUCUGAUCUAUUUGGAAGUCAAACAAACAAUCUUCGAAGUGAAACGAAAGAACUUGCCUCAGUUCGCAUCGGUUGUCCGUAUUACGCAGCACGCCGCAGUCUCCCGCUGGCCCAAUUGGUUCUUAUCCCUUAUGCCUCACUUUUGCAACCAAAAACUAGGGUGGCUUCUGGGCUGUGUCUCCGCGAUGCUGUUGUGAUUGUGGAUGAGGCACAUAAUCUUCUGGACGCCACAACAUCGUGUAUAUCUACUUUGCUACAGGCGUCCGAUCUCCAAAAUACUCUGGAUGUCUUCCGAGCCUAUCAAACACACUAUCGUACACGGUUCUCUGCACUAUUAUCACUCCGGUUGCGUCAGUUAAUUCACUUCAGCCAACAGCUACUCUCACUUCUGAGUUCUGGCAAACGUGCCGAAGUGCCAAGUGUUCGCAUUGUCACUGUGUCUAAGCUGCUUGCUGAGGCAGAUGUGGACAAUGUGAGUUUGUUUCAACUUAUUGAUUGUCUACGAACGAAGCAUUUCGUCACAAAACUGGCCGGAUUCGCUAGAUGGUAUUCCACCAAGUCCUGUGCUUCUUUGUCUCUUCGACCCCCUCUGAGUCACGGUUCUUCCUCCGGAAUGCGGGGUCUGCUUGCAGGGAUGAAACGCAACUGUCCAGACACCACCAGUCUCUCUACAUCUAGACCUUCUCAGUCGAUCCUGUCGGAGGUGAAUACUAACUCCGUUGAACUUCUGACUCGCGAUGGCCGCAUCGGCAUGGAAUCCAGCAGUUCUGCCCUCUUCAGGUUCAAAGACUUUUUGGAGGCCAUUAAUUCGCCGGAAGAUGAUGCCCGCAUCGUUAUUAGCCUCAAUAACCAAAACGAAGUUGAUUUUGCGCACUCAUCAGCCAAGGAGCCAUCGUUCUAUUUUACGAUCUUAAAUCCCGGAAAGUAUCUCCGAGAUUUAGUCCGGGAAUCUCGAUGUCUUUUGCUCGCUGGUGGCACAAUGCAACCAUUUGACGACUUAAUUGAGCAGGUUUUCCUGCCAGCCGAUCUACCGAUGGAUCGGAUAACAACCUUCGUUUGCGACCACGUCAUUAAUCCUAGCAAACAGUUAGCUGUUUACCCCGUUGCAAAGAGCCCCGUUGGGAAUGCUCUUCAGUUCACCUAUCAUCAUCGAUGCCUACCCUCCGUGAUGGACGAUUGCGGUGACAUAAUCCUUCAAAUUUGUGCGCAUACACCAGCCGGUGUAGUCGUGUUCCUCCCAUCUUAUGAUUACCAGCACACAAUUUGUGCCCACUGGGAGUCCACCGGGAUGAUGGACAAAUUAAGCAGAUGUAAACGCACCUUUCGCGAACCAAAGAAUUCAGGAUCGCUGACUCAGAUCAUGCAAGCAUACAAAGCCGCUGCUACAAACGACAAAACAGGUGCCCUGCUAAUAUGUGUGAUCGGAGGCAAACUAAGUGAAGGUAUCAAUUUCAGCGAUGAUCUUGCACGUUCCGUGAUCCUCAUUGGUAUGCCGUACCCAAACCCACGAUGCCCCUUGCUGCGAGAAAAAAUGGCUUAUUUGGAUCGGACGUUCAGUAAAUCGAACACCUCCCUUGGUUCUAUCAGCCCUGGACGGAGACACUACGAAUCGCUGUGCAUGCGCGCAAUCAAUCAGGCGAUUGGACGUGCUGUGCGACAUGUGAACGACUAUGCUGCGGUAUUCCUUGUAGAUAGUCGAUUUGCACAAGCGAAUAUUCAAAAGGCACUACCUGGCUGGGUGCUGGAGAGUCUCCGAAUGUGUAUCGCAGCUCAGAGCGGCUCAAUAGACUUUGAGAAUGCAUUGAGGCAUUUGAAACUAUUUUUCGCUCAUCUAAGGAGCACUUAG